AUGAAAAGCUUUCGCGACACAGUAAUACUGUGGAUGAGGCGUGUUAAAGACGUCCGCUCCGUUGGGCGCCAUAGCUCUCUAUUAGGCGAGUCUGCACGCUCCCGUCUGGUCCACGGGGAUGAAGACGUGACGUCAGCUGCGAGAUACCGCCUCUGGGGUAUUGGCAAGAUUCACGAGUAUUGUCUAUUUAAAUGUUUCACGUCGUGUCGUGUCAUAUUAUUGCAUCAUUACCGUACCAACGCCAAUUUGACGAGACUGCGCGUCGGCUCUACGCGUACAGUCGCGUUGAGCACGCGCUUCGGGUCCAAACCGGAACCGGACUUGGUCGUCGCGUUGAGCACGCGCGUCUGGUCCGACCCGGAACCGGACUCGGUCGGUCGGUGUGGCCGGUGUACAGUCGCGCCCCGCACUGACCUGCAGCAGCGCGGUGUGCACGCGGCACGAGCACACGGCGCCGUUCUUGCGCGAGCACGGCGCGCCGAGCCACGCGCACGCGCCGCCGCGCAGCAUCGCGCGCGCACAUGCCGCACCGACGCCUCACUGUCGCCAAACCCCCCCCCUCCCUCACUCCACCGCCUCUACAAUAUCUUCCUCGCCCAAGUCCUCUCCCUCACAACAUCGCCCCUGCUAUAUCUUCGUCUUCAAGCCCCCUCCACUAAGCCACCAUCUCUACAA